UCACUCUCUUUGGUUUUUUUUCACAUGGACCCUUCGAUUUCUGAAAAUAAACGAUCCAUCCCCAUCUCUUCUUUUCCCUUUUCCGAGAUCUAAGACUAGAACCACCUCAUCGGCGUCGGAGAAGCAGAUCGACGGCCAUGGCGGCGGUGUCCGUGGCGGCGGAGUGGGAGCUCCUCUACAAUCGGUACUACCGCAAGCCGGAGAUCUACUCCAUGCGUUGGGGCCGCAUGGACCUCUCUCGACACCGCGUCGCCUGCGCCCCCUUCGGUGGCCCUGUUGCCGCCAUCCGCGAUGACUCCAAGAUCGUGCAGCUCCUCGCUGAGUCGGCCCGUCGGAAGCUUCUCAUCUUCUCUUCCUCCGGCCAACCCCUUGCCUCUUACCUCUGGGAUCGACCCGGCGGCCGACUCGUCGGCAUGGCGUGGGACGAUGACCUGUUUUUGCUUUGCGUCGUCCAGGAUGGUACCGUAUAUCGCUUCGACAUCCGCGCUGAGCUCGUCGGCCAGUUCUCCAUGGGCAGUGAAUGCUUCGAGCAAGGCAUCAUUGAUUGUGUCUUCUGGGGCAACGGCAUAGUUUGCAUCACUGAGAACUACCAGAUCUUUUGCGUCCCCGAUCUCAAGAACCCUAGACCGUGCAAACUGGCUGAUCCGGGGCUGGAGGAGUACCCGCUAUGCGUCGCCGUGAUCGAGCCGCAGUACACGAUGUCGGGGAACGUGGAAGUGUUGCUGGGUGUUGGGGAUUACGUCUUGCUUGUGGAUGAGGAUGGGGUGCAGCCGCUCGGGGCUGGAAUUGGACCGCUGCAGAAGAUGGCUGUUUCGCAGAAUGGGAAGCUUCUCGCGACGUUCACGCACGAUGGGAGGCUUCUUGUUAUUCCCACGGAUUUCUCCAGGAUUAUUUUCGAAUUCACUUGUGAGUCUGCCCUGCCGCCUGACCAGUUAGCCUGGUGUGGGAUGGACACUGUGCUGCUUUAUUGGGAUGAACUACUACUGAUGGUGGGGCCAAAUGGUGAUCCUGUGCGGUAUUCAUAUGACGAACCAAUCUUACUCAUUCCAGAGUGUGAUGGAGUGAGGAUUCUUUCAAAUUCAAGUAUGGAGUUUCUGCAUCGAGUGCCAGAUUCUACUGUUUCCAUCUUUCAAAUAGGAAGUACAUCUCCAGCUGCUUUACUGUAUGAUGCUUUGGAUCACUUUGACCGGCGUAGUGCCAAGGCUGAUGAAAACUUACGAUUAAUUCGUUCCUCAUUGCCUGAGGCAGUUGAGGCCUGUAUAGAUGCCGCUGGACAUGAAUUUGAUGUUUCACGCCAGAGAACCCUGCUAAGGGCUGCGAGUUAUGGUCGAGCAUUUUGCAGUCAGUUUCCUCGUGAGCGAUUUCAAGAAAUGUGCAAAAUUUUGCGCGUGUUAAAUGCUGUUCGGAACUAUGAGAUCGGUAUUUCCUUAAGCAUCCAACAAUACAAGGUGCUAACAGCACCAGUUCUCAUUGACCGUUUGAUCAAUGCAAAUCAUCAUCUUGUGGCUCUUCGGAUUUCUGAGUACAUCAACCUAAAUCCAGAGGUUGUUAUAAUGCAUUGGGCAUGUGCAAAGAUAACUGCUUCUGCAGCUAUCCAAGACGCCCCUCUUCUUGAAACCUUGCUCGAUAAGUUAAAAUUGUGCAAAGGCAUAUCCUAUGCAGCCAUUGCUGCUCAUGCAGAUAACUGUGGCCGAAGAAAAUUGGCUGCAUUGCUUGUGGAUCAUGAGCCGCGCUCCUCCAAACAGGUCCCUUUGUUGUUAAGCAUAGCAGAAGAAGACACAGCUUUGGUAAAGGCAACUGAAAGUGGUGAUACUGACCUUGUCUAUCUUGUUCUUUUCCACAUAUGGCAGAAGAGGCCUCCUUUAGAUUUUUUUGGAACAAUCAAUGCAAGGCCCUUGGCUCGUGAUUUAUUUAUCAAAUAUGUUAGGUGUUAUAAACAUGAAUUUUUGAAGGACUUCUUUCUGUCAACUGGGCAACUUCAAGAUGUUGCUUUUCUUUUGUUGAAGGAAUCAUGGGAAAUUGAGAAGAAUCCCAUGGCAAGCAAAGGAACACCUCUUCACGGUCCACGCAUAAAACUUAUUGAGAAGGCACAAAAUCUCUUUGCUGAAACCAAAGAACACAUGUUUGAAUCAAAAGCUGCUGAAGAGCAUGCAAAGUUGUUGAGAAUCCAACAUGAGUUAGAGGUUUCAACAAAACAAGCAAUAUUCAUUGAUUCGAGCAUCAGUGAUACAAUUCGCACUUGUAUUAGCACGGGAAAUCAUCGAGCUGCAAUGAAAGUCAGAACUGAAUUUAAGGUGCCAGAGAAGAGGUGGUACUGGCUUAAAGCAUUGGCACUCUCUACCCGAGGAGACUGGGCUGCGCUGGAGAAAUUUUCCAAAGAGAAGAGACCACCUGGUGGUUAUAAACCCUUGUUGAAGCAUGCAUUGGUGCUGAUGCGAAAGCUGAGGGCUCUGAAGUACAUUCCAAAGCUUACAGAACCUAGGGAAAGAUCAGGAGGUACUUCAAACCAAACCCAAUCUUCUUCAAUUCAACUUCACAUCAUGAAGGCCAAUCUAUUUGGCCCUACCUGGACUCAUCAAGCCAAAACGAGAAAUGAUCCCAAAAAUGAGCCACACGUCUUGGCAUAUGCACGAAUUGGCAUGGCAAAGGAAGCUGCUGAUGCUGCAUCCCAGGCUAAAGACAGUGAAUUUUGGUCGUUUAGCUAA